UUAGGUUUCCUUUUUUCUUCAUAACACCCUCACAUUCACCAUGAUGCAAUGCUUCAGCAUGGCGGAAAGAUGAUAUGAUGGAAAGUUUUUCUAAGUUAAUUCCAUGAAACGAAGGAGGGUCUAGAUAAAAUAGAAUGGCGGAUGAACAGAAUAACCCAGGAGCCGAGGCUACAGAAGCUGAACAGAAGCAGCUCAGCAGGAAGGAACGAAAGAAGGAGAAAAGAGCCAAGAAACUGAAGGGGAAGGAAGGAGAGGGCGGAGGUGAGAGGUCAUCCGAGGCCACGCCCCAGGGUCAUGGAGGUCAAGGUGCAACAAGUGCAGGAGGUCAAGAUGUAACAAAACCACAGAAGAGUAAAGCUGAGCUAAAGGCAGAGAGAAGAGCUAAACAGGAGGCAGACAGAGCAGCUAAGCAAGCCAAAAAGUCAGGAGAAGGUGGAGGGAAGGACCCUGGGACGGUCCAGAAGCCCCGGACUGGCAGCGACAGUAACGUCCCGUCCUCCCCGUCCAUGCAAGUCACCAAGAAGGAGGCGCCGAGAGUGCGGGCGAACGUGCUGGUGGACGAUCCUAAUGUGCAGAAGAAGGUGGCCAAACGACUGGAGACACAGAGGGUUCCACAGAGACCAGUGACCCAGAAAAAAGUCGGCCUGUUUUCACAUCUACAUCAGUAUGAAAGAGAGACUUCCCUUACCAAGAACAUUAGUUUUUCCCCAGGAGGCAUCCACAGUGCGAUCCUGAAGCUGGGACUCCAGUACGCUAACGGCAUCAUCUGUGGGUCUAACUCCAGAUGUCUGGCUCUGCUCGUAGCUUUCAAAAAGGUGAUAGCAGACUACACCACACCUACAGAUAAGGACCUCUCCAGAGACUUAGAUGCUAAGAUAAAGCCUUACAUCAGCUUCCUCACUCAGUGCCGCCCCCUGUCUGUUAGCAUGGGAAAUGCAAUCAAGUACAUCAAAUGGCAGAUAAACCACUCACCUAACGACAUCCCAGAAGCUGAGGCAAAGAAGCAGCUACAAGAGAGCAUUGACCUGUUUAUAAAAGAGAAGAUCCUACUGGCAGGGGAAGCCAUCUCCAAAACCUACACCCUGUCUAAAAUACAUGAUGGGGAUGUCAUUCUGGUCUAUGGCUUUUCUUCCCUGAUCAAGAAGGUCCUAUGUGAUGCCCAUGACAGUGGUAAGAAGUUCAGUGUAGUUGUUGUGGACGGUCGGCCUAAGUUUGAGGGGAAGGAGAUGUUGAGAAGACUGGUGAGACACGGCAUCAAGUGCACCUACGUACUCAUCAAUGCAGUAUCAUACAUUAUGCAGGAGGUAUCCAAAGUGCUCCUGGGAGCUCACGCCUUACUUGCCAACGGGUUUGUGAUGGGGCGGGUGGGGACGUCGUUGGUUGCCAUGACAGCGAAGGCCUGUAACGUUCCCGUGCUCGUCUGCUGCGAAACGUACAAGUUCUGCGAGCGCGUGCAGACUGAUUCAUUCGUGUUCAACGAGCUAGGUGACCCGGAUGACCUGGUACCCCUGAGAAAACAGCGACACCUGGACACCUGGCGGCAACAAGACUCACUGCACCUGCUAAACCUGGUGUACGACAUCACGCCUUCUAACUUUAUCGCCAUGGUGAUAACAGAAGUCGGCAUGAUCCCAUGCACAUCUGUUCCCGUCAUUCUCCGCGUGAAAAGCACUGAAGUGUCCGAAGAAUGA